AAAAUAAACAAAAAAAUGCAUAAAUAUCUGUCAUCCAGCUUAAAUAAUGUGUCUCUAAAUUUUGACCCAUCGUGGGUUGCCAAAAGGUGGCAGGAUGAAUUCGAGCUAGAGUAUCGAAUGGCGCGCUUCCAGCAAAAGCAAAUGCAGGAAAAGGAAGAGAAAUUAUUGAAGCUGUACGAGAGUCAGCAACAAAGGGCUUUUGAAAGGGUAGGUCGAGGUAGCGCGGGCAGCAAUUCUAGUACGACGAGUAUAGGAUCAACUGGUGGAGGAAAGGUUCGACAGAUGUUUGACGAGCGCAGACAGAAGGCAGGCGUGGAUAAAAGCUACCCUUUAGAACCACUAAAAAACAAAACGCCAGCACGAGGAACCAACUUGGAUCGUACCAGCAGAACGACCGUGGUUAAGAGUACGACUAAGAAAACUGUGAGUAGCCAAAUCCGAAACGGAAAACCGACUGUAAAUCAGACUGAAAGCGUACAUAGAGUGUAUAAUAAUAAUUAUAAAAAUGGUUCGUAUGAGGAGAGUAAAACUGUUGAAGAAUCUUUUGACACUGUUGAUGGUCAUAAUAAUCUGAUCGAUAUGAUGAAUAGACAGAAUUUGAAUGGGAAUUUGGAUAAUGAGGAAAUGCCACAAAUAGGUUUUGACGAAGAAAAGCCAUUAUAUUUUAAAGGAAAGUUAGCGAAUGUGGGCGGAAAAUUGCCAAGUCAGAUGACGGAAACUAGACCCAUCACUAAUGGAGUGACUCAACGCAAUUCCCCGAACAAACAAGAAACGAAAGUUACACCUAAGAAACCAACAGCUAAAGCUCCAAUCACACCACAACGAACGUCCUCAUCGAAUUCGAAUCACUCCAGUUCAUCGACAAGAUCAACAGAAACUAACAUGAGCUCCAAGCCGACACCAUCCUCAGCAUCCAGGGCACCCACCAACAAUAGACCAUCGGCACGGCAAACGCCCAAAUCUCCAGUGGUCAGAGACGAUCUAGCGGAAUGUCGUUACUGCGGUAGGAGGUUUGCCACAGAUCGUAUAGGAACUCACGAAGAUAUUUGCGGAAAGUCGGGCAAGAAGAAGAGAAAAGCAUACGACGCCACCAAACACAGAGUGCAAGGAACUGAGUUGGAGCCAUACGUGAAACCUGUAGGUAGUAAAAAGGGACCAAAUAAGGUGACCGCAAAAUCAUCGGCUAACAAAAAGGAUUGGAGAAGAACUCACGAGGAAUUUAUAGCAGCCAUUAGAGCGGCAAAACAAGCUCAAGCUUACGUAGCCAAGGGUGGUAAGCUGGCAGACUUACCACCACCACCUCCAUCGAGUAAUCCAGAUUAUGUGCAAUGUCCUCAUUGUGGCAGAAAGUUCAACGAAGCUGCAGCUGCCCGACACAUUCCCAAAUGCGCCAAUUUCGAAUUCAAUAAACCGAAAGGAGGAGCAGCACAAAAAGGGCGACCUGGCAAACGAUAAUGGCCGGCAGAAAACAGGAAUAAUGAAAUUCUACCUUACCAAGUGCCUUUCGACCAUUUAACAUACGACUAAAUAAUGUUUUUUCAUACACAUCAAAACGGUUGUGAAAUUUUAAGAUAAUUUAAUGCUACUUAACUACUUAUAUCGAUUUAACACUGAUUAUAUGUUUCUAAAUCUGUUUAA